ACAGCACAGAAGGAGUAACAGAAACCAGAAGUAACUCGGUCACGACUCCAGCGGAGACAUUUACAUGUUGAAACAAAAGUGACCAGACGUCGUCGUCGUCGCGCCCUGCUGUAAAUCGUGGCCGGAACUAUUUUCUCGGCGGGGUGCGUUAAUUCGAUCAGCCGUCGCAGCAGCGACGACGCUAAUGCAAUCACGAAUGCGUCAGUGAUUGGCAGCGAUCGGUAGCCUAUGAGAAGUCACAACCUACUCAGGAGCGAGUGGUGAUUGGGUCGCAGCACGUUGGCCACGUGACGCGAGGGGCGGGCUGGAGUACGGUGUUGGUCUCAGGGUGGUCGCUGCUGGUUGGGCCCUGGCGGAGGCGGCGGCUGCACGGACGGAGAGUGCACUAUUUCUUCUGAUUCUCAUGUAAUACAGAAAACUGUGAGCAAGAAUCAUGGCUUCGGAAUUAGAGAAUCUAAAUCCAAGUGCCAGAAUAAUGACAUUUCAUCCAACUGUGGAAGAGUUCAAAAACUUCAGUCGUUACGUUGCAUACAUAGAAUCCCAAGGAGCUCACAGGGCUGGACUAGCAAAGGUUGUUCCUCCCAAGGAAUGGAAACCCCGUGCGUGCUAUGAUGACAUUGAUGAGCUAAUCAUCCCUGCUCCCAUUCAGCAAGUGGUUACUGGCCAGUCAGGACUUUUCACACAAUAUAACAUCCAGAAGAAAGCUAUGACAGUUCGGGAGUUCAGAAGGAUAGCAAAUAGUGAUAAGUAUUGCACACCUCGCUAUACUGAGUUUGAAGACCUUGAACGCAAGUACUGGAAGAAUCUCACAUUCAAUCCCCCAAUCUAUGGUGCUGAUGUUAAUGGCACACUCUAUGAUAAGCAUAUAAAUGAGUGGAAUAUUGGCCAUCUCAAUACAAUUCUGGAUAUAGUAGAGAAUGAGAGCGGCAUUACCAUUGAGGGGGUGAAUACUCCUUAUCUCUAUUUUGGGAUGUGGAAAACUUCCUUUGCUUGGCACACUGAGGACAUGGACCUCUACAGCAUCAACUAUCUGCAUUUUGGGGAGCCCAAGUCAUGGUAUUCCAUUCCUCCAGAACAUGGGAAGCGGCUGGAACGUCUUGCUAAAGGUUUUUUUCCUGGAAGUGCCCAGAGCUGUGAAGCUUUCCUCCGUCAUAAGAUGACCCUGAUCUCUCCAUCGAUAUUGAAGAAAUAUGGCAUCCCUUUUGAUAAGGUAACCCAAGAGGCAGGUGAAUUCAUGAUAACCUUUCCUUAUGGAUAUCAUGCUGGCUUCAAUCAUGGCUUCAACUGUGCUGAAUCUACCAACUUUGCCACUCUCCGGUGGAUUGAGUAUGGAAAACAGUCUAUUCUGUGUUCAUGCCGAAAGGAUAUGGUCAAAAUUUCCAUGGAUGUUUUUGUGAGGAAAUAUCAGCCAGAUCGUUACAAGUUUUGGAAAGCAGGGAAAGAUGUGACCAUCAUUGACCACACUCUUCCAACACCAGAGGCAGCUGAGUUCUUCAAAGGAGACCUCUUCCAGAAAGUGGGGAAACAAUGUCUUGAAGAAAUUGAAUCAGAAGAUGAAUGCAAAGCAGACAUAGACACUGAUGAGACCAGGAAUUUGCCCAAGCAUCGCAUCGGAACCAAGCGUCAUCGUGUCUGUUUGGAGGUGCCCCAAGAAGUGAGCCAAAGUGAGGCCUUCCCCAAGGAAGAGCUGGUUCCAGUGCCGUUUGAGAUGGAUGAGGCAGAGUCUCCUGUUGGGCCCGCUAGAGAGCCAGUGCAGCAAGGUGACCAAGGACCAGCGCCUUCAGAAUAUGCAGAUUUUUCAGAAGUGAAGUUUGAAGAACUAAAAAAUGUGAAAUUGGACGAAGAGGAAGAAGAGCCUGAGGCGGCUGUUUUGGAUCUUUCUGUUCCUCACUCCAUGUCUUCCACCUUGGCCCAGUCUGCUCUGAAACAAAGUCCAGUUUCCAUCCUUCAUUCUGGAUCUCCGCUGUGUUCUGGUUCUUCAGAUUGUGAACCCACUGACAUCCCCAGGCAGGCUUUUGAGCAAGCCGAGGUUCUGACUGUACACAGUUAUGCUAAGGAAGAAGCAAAUGGCAUGGACAAUGGACGGACCGCUGGAAAGAAAGCCACUGCUACAGCAAGCAUGAAUGAAGUGGAGCUUGCAAAAAUGGCAAAGGAGUAUAUAAGGUCAGUGAAAGAUCGCAAGAAGGCAAAAGGGCGGCGCCAACCUUUGAGCAAACUCCCACGUCAUCACCCACUGUUGAUGAAAGAUGGCCUCAGUGAUGAUGAAAUGUCAGAGCAGUUGACACCAGAAGAAGAAAUUGAGGAAACGGAGACAUGGGCCAAGCCUCUCAGUCAGUUAUGGCAAAAUCGCCCUCCAAACUUCGAGGCAGAAAAGGAGUAUAAUGCAGCUAUGGCUCAGCAGGCCCCCUACUGCGCGGUCUGUAUGCUUUUCCAGACCUACCAGGCAGAUUGUGGAGGCCAGAGCUCUCAGGCUGCUGCUGAUGGAAAGAUGAGAACAAAACCCUUGAUUCCUGAGAUGUGCUUUACUACCACUGGCUGCAGCACAGAUGUCAGUCUUUCCACACCUUACUUGGAGGAAGACGGCACCAGCCUUUUGAUCACCUGCAAGCGUUGUUGGGUCCGCGUGCAUGCCAGUUGCUACGGAGUAGCACCUGAAAAGGCAUCAGAGGACUGGAAGUGUUCCCGGUGCAAAGCUAAUGCUUUGGAGGAGGAUUGCUGCCUGUGCUCUCUUCGAGGAGGUGCACUUCAAAAAGCCAAUGAUAACAAGUGGGUCCAUGUUAUGUGUGCUGUGGCUGUUCUGGAGGCCAAGUUUGUGAACAUUGCUGAUCGCAGUCCAGUAGAUGUCAGCAAAAUACCUCUUCAGCGCUUCCGGCUGAAAUGUGUUUUCUGCAAAAAACGCCGGAAGAGAAUUGCUGGCUGCUGUGUGCAGUGUUCUCAUGGCCGAUGCCCUACAUCCUUCCACGUCAGCUGUGCUCAAGCAGCUGGAGUUAUGAUGCAGCCAGAUGACUGGCCUUUUGUUGUCUUCAUUACCUGUUUCAGGCAUAAGAUCCCAUCCCAAGCAGAGCGAGCCAAGGCUGCUCUGCAGGAUCUGGCUGUGGGGCAGCCAGUGAUCAGCAAGCACAAGAAUGGGCGUUUCUACCAAUGUGAGGUGGUCAGUCUGACCAAGGAAACCUUUUAUGAGGUCAACUUUGAUGAUGGGUCCUUCAGUGACAACCUGUACCCAGAAGACAUUGUGAGUCGAGAUUGUCUCCAGCUGGGUCCGCCAUCCCAAGGGGAUGUUGUUCAAGUGAGAUGGACAGAUGGUAAUCUCUAUGGAGCCACAUUUGUGGCUUCACAUGUCAUCCAGAUGUACCAGGUGGAGUUUGAAGACGGAUCCCAAUUGAUGGCAAAGAGGGAUGAUGUGUAUACGCUUGAUGAAGAGCUUCCUAAGAGGGUCAGAUCAAGGCUGUCUGUUGCCUCUGACAUGCGGUUCACAGAGAUCUUCGCAGAGAAGGAGGUCAAACAAGAGAGAAAAAGACAGAGGGUGAUCAACUCACGCUACCGUGAAGAUUACAUUGAGCCUGCACUAUAUCGGGCCAUUAUGGAGUAACAGCUGGCAACAGGAUUACUGUGCCCACCUCCUAGGUGGAUCCCAGCACUCCAGGACAGCUGAGGCCAAACAGAUGGUCUUCACAUCCAGUUUUUUUAAAAAUGAGACAAAUUUAUUCUGCAGCAGCUGGAAGGUGGUUCUUGAAUCAUGAAACACUCUUCUUUGAGACCCUAAAGGUGGCAGACACGAAGCCUGGAGUUGGGGAGCACAUCUCUAGCUUCCUGGACAAGUUGACCCAUAUCAGCCUAAAGAUUCUACCUUUGACAGCAAGUUUGUUCAUGUAGUGAGAACCGUCAGAGGCAAAUCUUCUCCAUGCCAUCCCAACAAGCAAUCCAGGCAGCUGCAGUGCUUUGAAUGAACCCCCAUUUUCUCCUGGAUGAAAUGUCUGGUCUGGGAGCAUUUUCCAGUUCACCCUGCCUGCUCAAAGCUGGCAACGUUACUGGUGCUUGACAGUGAAUUCCUUUUUUAUAUUUAUAACCCUGUUUUUGUCAUGAGCAGCUUCUGGUAAUGUGUUUUUUUUCAACAUCACUUCUCUGAAACAGAGUCAAGUGGGCAGAAGAGGGGGAGAAUAAAACUAAGCCCCCUUGUUCAGCCCCAGCUUGUUGAACUUUUGAUUAAUUUUUUGUCCCUAUUUUAUAUUCAGAGACUUAUUUACUCAUGUGUUUAAUUGUAAUAGUAUGUGCCUAUGUAAUAGGAAACUAUUUGGAGCCAUUUAGCACCAUGCAUUCCUCAGGCAAGAGAAUCCUGGGAAAUACCCCUCAUUAAGGCAAUAAGGACUGCAGGGAUUCCAGGCCUCCAUUCCACCUGGGAGGGCGAGAAGUUGGGCCCAAAUGUGUAGCAAGGAUGCUUUGGAAAAUGUCAGUCUUUGGAAAAUGUCAGUUUUAUAUCCCUUAAUGCGGCUCUGGCUUGUGGGGGGUCUUGGGUACAACUAGAGUAUUCAUAAAAUCACGUGCUGAUGGUCAGUGUUACUGGUAUUCCCAUUUGGAAGUCUUGUACUGUCUUUACCACAAAACAUGCAGGUACAUACUGAGCUUUUGGGGGGAAAGUGGGAGAAGAUUAAGGACAUGAUUUUAAUGGGACAGCCUUCCUGCUGUACAGCCAUGGAGGCUUCCAUUCAGGUGUAUCCAAAAACAAUGUGUAAAACUAUUUUCUCUAGUCAUGAGUGUACCCUCGUAGGCUAUAGCUGUAUCACUCUGAUAACCCAUUACUUUUGUUCUUGGAAGAAAAUGUACCCCUGUGAUCACUGGUUGCUCUAGCAAAUUGUGUUACCUCCAAGCUCUGUUCAGCUUUUUCUAUUGCUGUAGAAAUACGCUAUAUAGCAGACUUUUUGUCACACAGUAGACCAAAUGUUGGAUAAAAUAGGCUUACUGCUUCUGGAUCUGCCAUACAGCAUAUAUUGCAAACCUUUUAUAGUAAUUAGUUGAUCCAAAUUUUGACCAAAUUGUUUUUCAAUCAAGAAACAUACAAAGUCUUGAGACUUUUUCCUGCUUCUCUUUAUUAGCUGGAAUCCUAUGUGCAUCCCAUGACAAUUCAGAGCAGCAGGAGAGAUGCAAACCUUGAUAUCCAGUGUUAAGUUGUCUUGUGUGUCAAUGUAGAGUUAAAAUUGAUCCCUUGGAGUGGGAUUCCAUCUUCAGCAACACAGUGUAUUUGGGAACUUUUCUUUCUUUAAGAGUGUCUGUAACUGAACACACAUACCUGAAAGUCCAAAUGGUAGUUGCAAAUGAGGUUGGAGGAGUCUCACUCCUUUGCCUCUGGUACUAAAGGCAGUACUUCUCUGAAUGUAAAUCUGCCUUUGGAGAGACACUUCAAAAUUCCUUGGAUGUCCACAUACCCCAACCACCCUCUCUGUCCUUGUCAACUAGCUAGUGCUGUGUGACAAGGAAGGUACAUAUUUUUGAAACUUUCGUGUUAGGCAAAAGCAACCGUAAGUGAUUUGUUACUUUGUCUGCCAGUAUUUCUUUGGUUCCCUCAGAUAUGAUCCCCAACCACCACCAUCACCAUGAGGCUAUCACAGCUAGUAAUUCCUGCAACCUGAGACAGGAAGGAUUCUUUGCUUGGGCUUCUUAGGGGCAAGAUUAAUCUGUGCAAAGUAAUGUGCAUUUGAACCCUUAUGUUGGUUUGAUUUGAGUGUAGCUUGCUAAAAUGAGCACCUCAGCAUCAGGUAUAAAUCUGGAGACCAUGAAAACCAAAUCACCAAACACAGAGAACUUCACCCACCUCAUGUUUUUAUCCUAAAAUGUCUUCUAAUUGAAAAUUAAUUCUUGAAAGCAUAUGCUACAGGAUGGAAAUGUUCUUAAACUAUAAAUGGCGAUUCAGAGUCUUUCUGAAGUUUUUUGUAUGAAUUAUGUUGGAUCGAACAUAUCAGUGUUCUCCAAAAAUGGCUCUUUCCAUUUCAGAAUGUGGGAAAAGCUGGUGUUAUGAUAUCAGCAAGAUGGAUUUAAACCUAAAUACUUAAUGUAUUAACUAUAUGCAAUGGCUUAUACAUAGUGUCUCAGUUGGCACAUUUUAUGAAAAUUUGCAUUUAUUCUGAAUACUCUCCAGAAUUUAUCCAAAGCAUUCUUUCAUCUGUCGCACCCUCUUUUUUCAUUUGUAUAUGUGCAGCUUUAGUUGCGGCUAGGAACUGCAUUUUAUUUUAAUCUAGGCUGAGAAAUAAGUCAGAUUGCAAAGCAAACGUCUUGCCCCUUCAACUGCUGACUUCAUUCUUUUUUAUCUGUUGAUGCAAUAAUUGGGGGACUCUCCUAUCCUCCCUACUGAUAUUUUAAUAAGCUUCUGAGGAGUCAAACUCCACUUCCUUAGCUUCUCCCCCACUUCAAAUACAGAGCUCUGUAUUAGGAACAGACAGGACUAUGUGAGAUGGACACAGAUCUGCUUAUUACUCCAGUAUCUGACCUGUCUGCAGUUGUACUGAUUUUGAAACACCAAUGUGGGAUUGAUACAGAUAGGCAGCUUUAUGUAUUGUUUUCAAUUUGUUCUAGUAAUAUAAUUUUGAACUAGACUCAACUGAUUAAAUCUGAAAUGCUUUAA